AUGGAUAAGCAGAUCGAUAAUUCUAUUCCGCCGGCGGGCACUCCAAGCGAGCGACCCCGCCCCUCUUCGGAGGGCAAGCCCCAUACGUAUACGGCGGGGGGCAAAGACUGCUUCGUAGGUCGGCAAGAUGCCGGCCUCCGUGAACACGACACAGGCAAUGAAAAUGGCUCACGAGUAGGUUUAAGUUUCGAAGUAAGGAAAGAGGAGGAACAGAAGGUAGAAGGGCGGGAAUUGCGAAGCCGUAGGAACACCUUCUACCCGGCUUUCGCUGAAUCCGGAGUGGUCGCUAGCGCGUCAGCACCAUCACCGCUUCCCGAAGCGAUGGUGGUUCUGGAGCGUAUCCCAAUACCGGAGAUUGAGGGGACGAUCGACAUGGAAGUCGAAGCUGAGAAGGAGGCAUCGUCUGCUGGGACGGAUACCAGCCUGGUCACAGUACGAUCCAGGUCGGGGUCCCCCGAGACGAGGAGCCGCUUCUGGGCAGAGGAGGGCCCAAAGAGGCGUCGCCUGACGAUGGCAUCGUCGGAGUCGGCAUCGCCUUCGGGCAGUGAUGGAGGUGGAGAGGCGUCUGUCACCAAAGGCAGAGCUCGCCGCUCCACAUCCGGGAAAUUCGUCGGCCUGUCCAAGGCACAGGCAUACGUCAACGCCGCGAAGAAGGAGUUUCAAAAAACUCAAGCCGCGGAGGAGAUCGCAGAGUUCGCCAAACGAACUCUUCAGGCCAGGGUGACGCGCCUGUCAGAAUCCUCCUCUGGGUGUGAGAACGAGGCUCCUCACCAGGACAUCAACCAGCAGGUGCUGGGCGCCCUGGAGGUGGUAGAAAAGGUAGCCAGCAAAUCCGGCAACCUGAAGGGCACAUCAGAGCGAGCGCUGAGAGACGCAAAGUCGUCGAUCAGAGCUGCCUUUGAUGUGCUCUUAGAGAGGACCUCCACCGAUGUUACGAGGCAACUGCAGGCGGACAAUGCCCGCAUACUAGCGGACAAUGUCCGUCUGCAGGCCCAAAUGGCCAACCUCCAAAAUGACCUCAUCAACAUGAGGGUGGAGAUGGAGUUGUUGAGGAAGGUGCAGGGCGCCUCUGUACCAUCUCCGGCACCGCCUAUGGAGCUGCCUGCUGCACCGCAGACUACUCGCGGCAAAAAGCGGCCAGAAGUGGCCUCUCUGUCCGCCAGCAACGAGGAUGAGUUGGCGCGAACCAUCAUGGUCCAAGUAGGGACGAUGGUUAACGCUCGUUUGGAGGCCCUAGAGGGCAGACUUCUCCCGGAGAAGCGAUUGCGUCCGCCGCUGUCAGUUGACAGCAAGCGGUCUGAAGCCUCUCCAGUGGCCAAAGCAACCCCGGUACAGACGCAGCCUACCGUGGUGUCAGGCGGAGCCACAACAGCUCGCUCUGCCGCAGCAGAGGCCAAGGAGAAGAGGACGAAGAAGAAGAAAAAGCCGAAGAAGAAGAAAAAGGCCAGCGCUGACCAACAAGCGGCUGCGCCUCGUGUCCCUCGACCGAUUCCCCCGGCGCCCUCCACAAUGGAGGUGCCGUGGAACGUUGUUGCCAGAAAGGGCACAAAGAAGGUCACCCCCACUCUGACAAAGAGUGGCCCGGUCAAGCUGCGUCCUCCUCGGACGGCGGCCGUUGUUCUGACGCUACAACCGGGCGCGGAGGAAAAGGGGGCCUCUUAUGCUGGCGUGUUGGCUGAGGCCAGAUCCAAGAUAAAGUUGGACGAGAUGGGCAUAGGGGCAGUCCGGUUUCGACGAGCUGUGACCGGGGCCCGCAUCCUAGAGGUGUCCGGCACCUCUAGCAUUGAAAAGGCGGACUCCCUCGCGCAAAAGCUGAGGGAGGCGCUAAAUGAGGACGUGGUCCGAAUUAAUCGGCCUACAAAAAUGGCAGAGAUGCGCAUCACGGGCUUGGACGACUCGGUCACCGCUGAGGACUUGGUGGCAGCGGUGGCUCGAGUUGGUCAAUGCGCUUCCGACCAGAUAAAGCCUGGUGAAAUUCGCCGGGAUAAAACUGGCCUCGGCUCGGUGUGGUUGCGGUGCCCGGUGUUUGCUGCAAAAAAGGUGUCUGAGGGUGGAAGACUACUGGUCGGUUGGGUGGCAGCUCAAGUGAAGCUGCUUGAGACCCGACCGAUGCGGUGCUACCGAUGCCUGGAGCCGGGACACGUCAGGGCAUCAUGCGUCUCAGAGGUGGACCGUAGCGAUCUCUGCUACCGCUGCGGACAGCCUGGUCACAUAGGCCAAAAGUGCUCAGCCGCGCCCCACUGCACUAUCUGUGAGGCAGCCGGCAAGCCUGCGGAUCAUCGGAUGGGCUCAUGUAUCACCCCAUCCAAACGCAAGAACGGAAGGAAGAAGGCUGGCGCUGGACCCAAGGUCCCCCCGCAGCCUGUCCGAGCAAAUGCUGAAGCCCGGGCCGAGGUGGAAUCGACAAUGGCCAUUGAUUAA